CAUCGAGAAGGUGUUUAAAAUCUAACUUCCGAGUGCCCCAUGAAACUUUUGUCUGGUAAUAUAGGCGCGUGUAUAUUCUUCUCAAAUAGUUUGUGGUUAUUGAUGGUUAUUAGUGAAAGUGUUUGUUAUUUUGAGUGAAAGUGAAUUUUGAAGUAGUGUAAAUAGUGAAGUGCCAAUGAUAAAACUAUAGACAAUUGAGUCAGUGCCUUAAAAUGGCGCAGGAACAGGACGAUAUAAAUUUAACAAAUCAAGAAUUGCAGGUGCUGUCGGAACUUGACAGUCGGCAGUUCGGUUUUCUAAAACUAAACACAGCAGAACAGGCCAAGAAGAAACAGCUGGUUCUUAAGGCAGUAAAAUAUCUUGAGCAAAUGCUGGUCCAGGCUCAGAACCAGAAGGAGCGAAAUAAACGCAUGGCAUCAGAGGGAUGUGGGGGUGGUCAACCUGCAGUGGCUACAGGCAAGGAAAUCAGCAUUGAUCCUAAGACCUACUGCAAACUUGGCCACUUCCACCUUUUGCUUGAAGACUAUGCAAAAGCAAUGUCCGCGUACCAGAAGUUCUUUGGCCUUAAGUCAGACUACUGGAAGGAUGCCAACUUCUUGUAUGGUCAAGGGCUCGUCUACUUUCACUUCAAUGCGUUCCAGUGGGCAGUGAAAGCCUUUCAGCAAGUGUUGUACGUUGAUCCUGGGUUUUCCCGCGCAAAUGAAGUUCACUUGCGGCUUGGGUUGAUGUUCAAAGUGAACAAUGAUUUUGAAUCAGCAUUGAAACACUUGCAACUGUCCCUUAUUGACGCCAGCCCAAGCACCUUCUCCAAGCUAGAGAUACGUUUCCAUAUUGCUCACCUGUAUGAAGUUCAAGGAAAAUAUAAGACUGCCAAAGAGAACUACGAGCAAUUGCUGAAGGAGAAGGACCUGCCAACACACUUGAAGGCUGACAUAUGCCGUCAGUUAGGGUGGAUGUACCAUUGUGUGGAGUCACUCGGAGAGAAGAGCCAGCGUGAGAGCGUAGCAAUUCAUUGUCUGCAAAAGUCUAUUGAAGCUGAUCCUAAGUCUGGCCAGAGCCUCUAUCUGCUGGGUCGCUGCUUUGCUAGCAUUGGCAAGGUGCAUGAUGCCUUCAUUGCUUAUCGCAAUUCAGUUGAGAAGUCUGAAGGAAAUGCUGACACCUGGUGUUCAAUAGGUGUCCUCUACCAGCAGCAGAACCAGCCUAUGGAUGCACUGCAAGCCUACAUAUGUGCCGUGCAGCUUGACAAGAGUCACACCGCCGCGUGGACAAAUUUGGGUAUCCUUUAUGAGAGCUGUAACCAGCCACGUGACGCAUAUGCCUGCUACGUGAACGCAACACGUGGAGGAAGCUCAAGUCCAGGAGGGCCUGUGAGCCCCAACAAUAACAGUGUGAAUAGUAACGGAGGAGCCACACUGGUUGCAACAUCAACACCAGGUGGCCGAGUGCCUGGGGGCAUGAAUCCUAACCUGGGGCACCGAAUCAAGUUCCUACAAAGUCAUCUUGCCAAUCCACCCAUGCCUAGUAUCACCAGCAAGCGUCGGCAGUUGCCGUCAAUAGAAGAGGCAUGGAACCUUCCAAUCUCUGCUGAAAUGUCUUCACGACAGCAGCAACAGCAACAACAACAGCAGCAAAAUUCAUCCAUUGUCCAGCAAAGGACCACUGGCCCAGCUUUUCAGAAAGCAUACGCACAGGCUGGGCAGCAGCAGUUCCAUAAUGGUCUGAAUGGUCAUCAUCAAGUUUCACCACAGGGACCACCUCCACCCUACCCUGUGCAUACUGUGAAUCAAGUGACGAAGAGAUUUAAGACUGGUGGAGAGGUGAUAGAGACAAGUCCGCCUGGUGCGCGCGUGCCUCCACCUGGUACUGUCCAACAGAGACCUGCUCCACCUCCAUUUUAUAUGAACCAGCAGCAGCUGCAGAUGUUGCAGUAUUUGCAGCAGCAGAAUUCUGUUAGCCUUGCACCUCAGCAGCAGGCUCUCCUGCAACAGCUGCAGUCGCAGUACAGAGCAAUGCAGCAGCAUCAGCAGAUGAGGUUGCAGCAGCAACAGAGGGUUGGGGUAGUACAGUCGCAGCAACAGCAGCAGCCAUCUCUGACUCAGUAUGGCACCUAUCAGCAGCAACAGAGUUCUGUCAUCAAGACAUACACCAUGCCCCAGCAAACGCAAGGAACAGUAGCACCUCAGACUGGAUUUGCGGACACCAGUGUUGGAUACUCUGCCGCAGCCACUGCCAACACGCAGCAAUCACCUGGAAUGCCUUACAAGUCUGCUACAGUAGAUCACCAGUUGGCAUACCAACAACGCAGCACCACCCAGCACCAUCAGCAGCCACAGUACCAGUAUGUUGGACAGACAACUACCACUGGCUACACCCAGAUCUCAUCAACAAGCACACCUUCUUCUAGCACACCGCAGCCUCAGGAGCCUGUCUCAUACCAUCAUGCCUUCCCACCAAGCUCUCCCUCAUCAAAGGAGUUGCCUGUUAGUGAUCAGGAACUGCAAGCUCUGCUGUCACAAAAAGAUAUCGCCACAUCACUUGCCGAAGAUCUGCUCAAACAUUUUGGUUCCAGUAGUGAAGAUUUGGAUGUAAAGGAAGAGGAGGCUGUGACAGCAACACAGGGCAUUAUCAGUUCUGUGUCCAAUCAGAAUUCUACAAACACACUCAGUUCUGGUCCAUUCUCCCCAUCAAACCUUCAGGAUGCAACCAUAAAUACCACUGCUAAUAGUGUUAUUACAAUGAACUCUGCAGUAUCCACAACAGUGGAGAAUGUUCACAUAAAGCAGUCAUCGUCCCCGUCUGUAGUAAGUAGUCUGACCAGCCCAAAACCUUCAGAUCACCAGCGAAUAGGAACACCAACAUCCACCAGCCUACUGUCAUCCAGUGUUACAUCCUCAUCCCCAGUUCAUGAGAGACGCUCUGAUACACCCAAGCUUGAGACAUCAGCUGUUCAUAGGACUGCACCAAUAUUUCGGCAGGACCUGAAGAUGGAUACAUCUGUGCUUGAAGUAUGUGAGCCCCCACCAGAGAUAGAAUACAGUAUUGACAUGGAUGCCAGGGCAGUGCUGGAAUCGUGCAAGGGUCAUGGAUUGAAUGGAGUUCCCAGUAGCAGCAUUCUCUCAGAUAAAGCACCUCCACCUCAGCCUCCAGAACCACCGCAGCAGCGGUUGACACGAGAACAACUCCUUCCUCCCACUCCUUCAGUAUAUUUGGAGAAUAAAAAGGAUGCAUUUAGUCCACAGCUACAGGAGUUCUGUCUUAAGCACCCCAUAGCUGUUGUGAGAGGCCUGGCAGCUGCCCUCAAGCUUGAUUUGGGCUUAUUCUCAACAAAAACACUUGUUGAAGCAAACCCAGAUCACAGUGUGGAGGUGCGAACUCAGAUGCAGCAGACAUCAGAUGAAAAUUGGGAUCCACAGUUGGGCCGCAAAGUCUGGGCUUGUAUCAGCCACAGGUCCCAUACCACAAUUGCUAAGUAUGCACAGUAUCAGGCUUCAUCGUUCCAGGAGAGCUUGAAGGAGGAGCGUGAAAAGGCAGCUGGCAUUCAUAACAGCAAUUUAUCGGACUCGGACUCAAAGGAUUCAACUGGUAAUGUGGUUCGUCGAAAGAGUAAAGGUAGUUCGGGAGGAGUUGGAGGACUGGGUGGAACAGGAAAGCCAGGACCCAAGAUGCUCCGAUUUGGGACUAACGUCGAUCUGUCUGAUGAGCGGAAGUGGCGACCUCAGCUGCAGGAACUGAUGAAGCUUCCUUCAUUUGCCCGCGUUGUUUCAGCAUGCAACAUGCUGUCUCAUGUUGGGCACGUAAUUCUUGGCAUGAACACUGUCCAGCUUUACAUGAAGGUACCUGGGAGCAGAACACCAGGCCACCAGGAGAACAAUAACUUUUGUUCGAUCAAUAUCAAUAUUGGACCCGGAGACUGUGAGUGGUUUGCAGUGCCAGAUGCAUACUGGGGUGUAGUGUAUAGUCUGUGUGAGCGGAACAACAUUAACUAUCUGCACGGGUCAUGGUGGCCUUCAUUGGAAGAUCUUUAUGAGGAGAACAUUCCUGUGUACAGGUUCCUUCAGCGCCCUGGUGACCUUGUCUGGGUUAAUGCAGGAUGUGUCCAUUGGGUACAAGCAGUGGGGUGGUGCAACAACAUAGCUUGGAAUGUGGGUCCCCUGACGGCGCGCCAGUACCAGCUAGCAAUUGAGCGGUAUGAGUGGAACAAGCUGCAGAGUUUCAAGAGCAUAGUACCCAUGGUGCAUCUUUCCUGGAAUCUUGCUCGCAACAUUAAAGUGUCAGAUCCAAAACUCUUUGAGCUCAUCAAAAACUGCCUACUACGGACAUUGCGCCAAUGUUCACUCAUUUUGGAAUUUGUCACGGCAAAGGGCGUUGAAGUGCGUUUUCAUGGAAGAGGAAAGAACGAAGCAUCUCACUACUGUGGUCAAUGUGAGAUUGAGGUGUUCAAUAUCCUCUUCAUCCGUGAGCAGGAGAAGCGGCAUGUGGUGCACUGCAUGGAUUGUGCCCGCAAGCAGGCACCAGGUUUGGAGGGAUUUGUAUGUCUUGAGGAGUACCGGAUGGAGGAGCUGUGUGAGGUGUUUGAUCAUUUUAUUCUGCAGCCUGUGCAAAGCCCUGGCAGCAGUCAGGUGGGUAGUCUCAUCUCAUGAUGACUGGAGUCAGUAGCAGUUGACUGAUGGGGUGGGCAUAUCUGGUCUUGCCCAUAUAGUGAAGCUGUGAAACACUGGAUGUGGCAUCUAACGUAUCCAGUAACCACUCUAUGAAAGGCACCAAAAGAUGAGAUUUAGCACGAUGAACUGGUGCAUAAUAUAGAUGAUUUUAAAGGCAUUAGACAUGAAAUAUAUUGAAACCAAUCUCAGUUUGAAACUGGUGAUGACUCUGGAAGAAUUAAUAUUUAUAUAUGUGUAUAUAUAUAUUUGAUCUCAGAAUGUAUUUUAACAACAUUAGAGGAAGAAUCAGGCACAGUAACAAGACACAUUUUGAACAUAUGGCCGGGAUAGAAGUGGCAUGUAUAUCAGUUUUAAGGUUCGAGUAGUAUUUUAUCCACCUGUACAUAACAUUGAAUAAUGCAAGAAAUUAAAUAUGUAUGAAAGAGAAGAAUGUGCAAGAUGGAGGUAAUUUAUUUCAUCAGAGAAUUCUGGAUGGACAUGUAAAGAAGAUCUGUACAGAAUACAGUGGUAGACAUUUGUAAAUAUCAAGUGAUGUAAAACUAUAUAUAAAAGGGGAAAAGAAAGAACUACAGUAACAUCGAAAUAUUGAAAUCUAAGGAAAGACUUCUGAAACGGGUGAUCUCAAGGAAUAUUUUCCCCACUCUGUGACACUUGCAUGGAACUUAUUGAAGAUGAAGUGAAGGUUCAUUAGUUAUUGUAAUAUGGUUUGGAUGCUGUCAGAAUAUUGAACAAUUUAAAAUGAUAGUUUCAGGUUUGGAAAGUAAAGAUGCCAAUAUUUUUAUGUUCUGAAGGGGAAAUUUGUGAAUGGAAAUAUGAAGUAACACUGGAGUUCGGAGAUUUCCAAGGAAAAAAAUCAUAUCCGUUUUUACAUCAAAGACACAUUUUCCACGUUUCAAUUUGUUACUUGUGUUAUAUUAUUUCUGUUCUUUACUUUCUUUCUCUGGAGGAAUGUCGCUUGCCUUUUUAGUGGAUCGGAGAGAUUAUUUGAUUUCUUCCUCUAUAUUGUGUGUGCCUGGUAAAUUUUGGAUAGACUUUGGCCAUGAUGGGCCACAGGGCAUUAAAUUUCAGAAUGGUGGCACACAUUGAACUUGUUUUCCAUAUGCCAUGGCAUUUGUCUUAUUUAAGCAAAGAACUGGAGUGAUGCAAUACUUUAAAAAUGUGAUUUUUGUGAUAAAAGACUGAUGUUUCACUGCCAAAAACUUAAACAUGAUUUUUUUAAAUACAGGAAAUGAAUUGUACCGUUUCAGUUAAGUGCGCACAUGUAACACUGCAUGUGUAUUGAGUUUAUUCUCCAUAAGAACGACAUGGGAAGUGCUUUUAAGGUCAGUCUGAUGUGACAAGCAACACUGCUUGCAUAUUCAUUCUCUUGUUUCCCUUUAUUAUACCCAGUCCAUGAAUGUGAUUUGCAUGUGGCUGUCAUACUGAUGGCUUGUGUGUUUCUAAUGUCAAGGAAUGAUCAUGUAGCUGUUAUUGACAUAUAUUUAUACUUACUGGUAAUGGUUUUAUGGCUAACCAAUGUGAUUUGCAACAGGGUAGUGACAACUUUGAAGUUCGAUUCAAAGCAGAGCUUUGUAAAGAGGAAUUUUUUAUUUCCUUUGGCUGUUGAAAAUUCAGUAUGGUGAGUAUGUUCUGUAAAUGUAAGACUCACAUCAACACCAGUUUGCUUUUUUUAAUUUGAUUGUAAUUAGUAGAGCUCCAGAAAGAAAGAUAAUUUACUGGCAUUCCCAGCAGGAGCAAGAGAUUUUUCUCUACUCCACAGCAGCCAGACCAUCUCUGUUGCCUACCCAGCCUCCUGUCCAGUGGGUACCAGGGAUUCUUCCCCAAGGCUUAAGUACCCAUGGCAUGAAGCUGAAUACUCACUUCCAUCUAGUGCCAAGGUCAAUAAUGAUGGAGCUUUACAUCCAAUCUCCCAUACAUCUUCAUGGCUUGGCGCAUAAUUAGUUAAGCACAGAGGUAACCUUGCCUUCACUGCAUCAAAACAUCAUGAAAAGCUUCACUUUG